CAUUGCAUUGGGUUUCUUUAAAAACGAUAAAACGAUCGAAAUGAAUUUCCGUAUCCUUCGUAAUGCAAGAGUUCGGCGCGAUAUAAAAACUCGAGAAACUGUUGCAGCUACUGAAUUGAUUCGACAAGCCUAUCGUUACAUUACACGUAACGAACAAUUUCCACAAAAAAUCCGACAACAAGCGCAACUUAUGCUUAAUUCUUUUCCUCGCUAUGCACGUCCAACUGCCGUCAAGAAUCGUUGCGUGGAAACAGGUCGAGGUUGA